AUGGCUGAAGAAGACAACGAAGACAAGACCGAAGGACAAGAAAUAAUCAACAAUGUUGUCGAAAAAUUAUGGCAGCAAAAAGAAGAAGGUACUGAUAAAACCUACAGUUUUUCCACAGAAGAAAAAGUGCCCGAUCAAAGAACAGAAAAAGUUGAAAGAAAAGCAGAAAAACAAGAAGUCAUAAAUGAAGUCAUGGAGAAAAGAAAUGAAAAGUAUCAAAUGCUCAAAGAAAAAGACCUGAAUUCGAAUUCUCUCUUGACCGAACUUAUGCAGCAGCUACCGACCAUUUUUGUCAGCGGCGCGAAAAAAUGCGGGACGAAAACGCUCAUAAGAUUUUUUGGCCAUCAUCCUCAAAUAAUAAGAGGAUUCAUGGAGGCCCCUUUCCGAUCAACAGGUGACCAAGAAAAAGAUAUGGAAAACUACCUCAGCCAUCUGUGGAUCAUGUGGAAGAGCAAAGGUCCUUACUACGACAACCCGCGAAAGAUCAGAGAGCUCAGAGCUGCCAACAAAGAUUUCUUCUUCAUGGCGAAAACAGCAAAUUCAGGAAUCAACAAAAUUAUCACUUUCAUCGAAGAAAACCCUGAUUUCAUCGAAGCCGAUUACGUCACCGAUUGGAAGAGCAAAGUCAAGAACAUUUUCAUCGUCUGCGAUCCAGUCCACCGUCUUCUCUCUGAUUUCAAGCACGUGACCUCCGUCUGGACAGAGAAAGAAAAUGCAAUCAACAGAAAAUUCCUUGGACCAGAUUCUAGCGCUUUUCCUUUCCAAAAACUGACGUUUGACCAGAUGGUCGCCAAAUACUUGCCAAAAGUGAAGGACAGAUCAGUGUUUGAAAAGACUCCGGAAGUGAAUGAAAUGUUCGUUACUGGUCACUUCGGGCCGCCAAAGAGGUUCUUUUUGGGAGACGAUGCGUUGAUUGAUAGCAAGAAUGGAAUCGUUCUUGAUGGCGGAAAGUUGAAAACUGAGCCCUGGAAAGUCUUCCAAGACCUCGAGAAAAAGCUCAAUCUUGAACCCUAUUUUACUGAAGACCUCUUUGAAAAACGAGAAGAUGGAUACUACUGCACUAGAAUCUUCAACCACACCGAAUCAUUAGACUGUAUGCCCGAUAGUAAAGGGCGAACAAAGUUAUCCGCUGGUCAAACUGCCAUGUCCGAGGAGACAGAAAAAAUGCUCCGGGAGUUUUAUAAGAAGAGCUCAGAAGAUCUCGAAAAUACUUUUGAUCUGAAGCUGUCUUGGAACUUAUAG